UUUUUCUAAAUAUCCAUCCACGUGCCCGCUAUUUUGCCUCCCCGCCCGAUCAGCGGGGAAUGGAGCGUUUUAGAAAUUACCUGCCGUGACCCCUCACCCACCAGCUGAUGGAGGAUCACCACAAAAAGAUGCAAAGCGAUAGUUGUGACCCAGACAGGCCCACUCAUCCCGGGACUUUCCCAACCUGUGAGGCCGGGAGGAGCGACCACCAGCCGGCGGAAAGCAGCGUCGACUUCCCGGUGUCAGUCGUUCUCCCUGCCGGAGGCACCGGGGAAAGAACCGGUCUACAGACACCGAAACAGUUCUGCCUGUUUAUGGGUCGGCCGCUCAUAAGCUACACCAUACAGGCUUUCGAGAGGGUGUCAUGGAUCCAGAGCAUUGUGGUCGUUGUUGCCAGAGAACACAUGGACCUCAUGACGGACAUCGUCCAGCAGUUCCAGCACACGAAGGUUCGAGUGGUGCCAGGCGGCUCGACUCGCCACAGGUCGAUAUAUAACGGAGUCCUGGCUCUGGGGGAGGAGGGGAGGCCGGUGGCGGACAAACCGAAGGUGGUCCUCAUCCACGAUGCUGUGCGGCCUUUUGUGGAGGAGGAUUUUCUGUACAAGAUAGCCAUGGCUGCCAAGGAACAAGGAGUCAGUAUGAUAACAGCUAGUAUAUCUCACAUAAUAUAAAAAUGUAUAUAUGUUUGUGUUUUUGUCUGUUGACACCUUUUUAAAGACAACAACUUGGAAUUAUGGAAACUGGAAUUUAUAUGUUUUC